AUGGUCUGGAAUGUCCAAGGAGCGGGAAGUAGAGCCUUCUUGGUUGCUCUGAAAGAACUUGUCAAAGUUCAUAAACCAAACGUUAUUGCCUUGGUUGAGACGCACAUGGGGGGCCAUCAUGCGGAAAAAAUUGCCAACUUACUUCAUUACUCUGGUCAUACGCGUGUUGAUGCUCAGGGUUUCAGUGGGGGGAUUUGGAUUUUCUGGCAACCCGAAUUAGUUACGGUGGAACCUAUCUUAAAACAUGAGCAAUUUAUAUUAAUGGAUAUUAAACGAGUUGGGGGAGAACCCUGGUAUUUUACUGCAGUAUACGCGAGUCCUGAUCCUACAAAGCGAACGGAGCUAUGGCAGCAUCUUAGGGAUUUUGCUACUACUCAUAAUAAACCCUGGCUCCUUGCGGGUGACUUUAAUGACACGAGAUUCACUUGGGAAAGAAGCUCAAGCUGCGCAGAAACCUCACGUAGGACUGCCAGGUUUAACGAAUGGGUAGAGGAGAUGGGCUUGUUAGAAGUUGAAUUCUCGGGGCCUAGUCACACUUGGGCCCGUGGGAAUUCGCUUGAGACUAGAACAAGCGCGCGCCUUGACCGAGCCUUAUGCAAUGGAGAUUGGAGCCUAAAAUUCGCUAAUGCUGCGCUCAAAAAUCUACCAGUAAUUCAAUCUGACCACUGUCCGUUGUUGAUUUCUCCAAAUGGGUUUGUACCAAUCUCAAAUAUUAACCGCCCCUUCCGGUUUCAGGCGGCUUGGCUAUCUCACGAGAAGUUCAGUGACUUUGUGGAACAUAAUUGGGAUAAAACUGCACCUCUUGUUACUCAUCUAGAGGUAAUGGCGGGGAAGCUUCAGGAUUGGAAUAGCACUCAGUUCCAUAAUAUUUUUAAGCAAAAACGCAUGCUCAUGGCUAGAAUAUUGGGUGUGCAACGCUGUUUAGCGGUGACUAGAUCCCGAGAUCACAUCAAACUUGAAGCGAAAUUACGGAAAGAUCUGGAUGAGGUUCUGGCCCAAGAAGAAUUACUUUGGUAUCAAAAAUCACGGGUGGAUUGGAUUCGAGAUGGAGAUAGAAACACGACUUUCUUCCACCUUAGUACAAUAGCAAGGAGGUGGCGUAAUCGUAUCUCUGCUAUUAAGGAUUCGAGGGACGGAUCUUGGCUACAUGAUAAGGAAGCAAUCAAAAAUAAUGUGGUUGCUUAUUUUAAAGAACUUUUCACUGAUGAUUCGGGUCCAUUAAAUACUGACCUACCAGUUGAUAUCUUUCCAGAAUUCUCUUUGGAGGAUUGGCGCAACCUCUCUCGCCCUUACACAAAGUGCGAAAUCGAGACGGUUGUCAAAAAUAUGCCGGCCCUUAAAGCUCCCGGACCUGACGGAUACCAAGCCCUUUUUUUCCAGAAACACUGGAACCUUGUUGCAGAUAAUGUUUACCAACUUGUUUUUGACGUCCUCGCGGGAAAAGUCCAAGAAGUUAUUCAUACCAUGCGCAACAAGACAGGAAAAACAGGUUUUAUGGCCAUAAAAAUUGAUUUUGAAAAAUCCUACGAUAGGCUGAAAUGGGAGUUUAUUCGCGAGACCCUUGCUGAAAUCCGGUUCCCUCAGCUUUUAAUUUCUGUUAUUAUGGAAUGCCUUACUACCUCUUUAAUGAAAGUACUGUGGAAUGGCGAGCCAACUGAAGCUUUUCAUCCUAGUAGAGGGGUGAGACAAGGCGACCCACUCUCUCCCUACCUAUUUGUGCUAUGCAUGGAACGAUUGAAUCAAGUCAUAGAGGAAGUUAUUAUCGCCCAACGGUGGAAACCUAUCUGUGCAAGUCGAAAUGGCCCCCAAUUGUCGAACUUAUUUUUCGCAGAUGACAUAAUCUUAUUUGGAGAGGCUACGGUGGAUCAGGCUGUAGUAAUCAAAGAAUGCUUGCAGCGAUUUUGUGAGGCUUCAGGAUCUGGGGCUUUAUCUUGGGAUGCCCACAUUAACCAGUCGGAUAACCAAAAAUACUUUGGUUACUUGUGUGAGAAAGUGGAUCGCAGACUUGCCGGAUGGAAGACUAAAUACCUUUCUCUGGCGGGUCGUAUUACCCUGGCGAAAUCCACUCUUACCUCUCUAGCCUCUUAUGCUAUGCAAACAGCUAAACUUCCUAGAACAAUUUGUGAUGAAAUUGACAAGAAAACACGUAGAUUUGUAUGGGGCGGCGAUGAAGAAACACGCAAAAUUCAUCUGCUCUCUUGGGAGUGUCUUCAAAAACCCCGAGAUCAAGGUGGGCUAGCUAUUAGAUCAGCGAGGCAAACAAAUGUAGCGUUUCUCACAAAGCUGGGGUGGAGGGUUCUAACCGAACCUAAUGCAUUAUGGUCCCGUGUUUUAAGGAGCAAAUAUUGUAAGGGUCGCUGUGACUUGGAUAUGUUUGAACGUAAAUCGAAUAUGUCUAAUGUUUGGAGGGGAAUCACGGAUAAUGUGAAUACCUUGAGUACGGGGGCUCGAGUGGCAGUGAAUAAUGGUUGUUCUACUCUUUUUUGGGAGCACCGUUGGGCCACGCAAAAUCCUUUGAGGGACUUGGCCCUGAAUGACAUACCAGCCGAAAUAGAAGGUGCAACUGUGGCGGAACUUUGGGACCCCAAUACUGGAUGGAAAUGGGAUGAGUUUGCUAACCUUCUCCCGACAAACGUAAUAAGAGAAAUUGAUGCCUUUGAGCUGAAGAAUGACCAUUCAACAGGGGACCUUCUCUACUGGAGUGGAAAUAACAAGGGCAGGUUUACUAUUAAGUCAGCUCUAAAUAUUAUCCGACGUGAUGAUAUAGAACCAAGUGAUGGAUGUUGGGAAUUAAUAUGGAAACUUCGGGUUCAACAACGCAUACGGGUCUUUUUGUGGCUCUCCAUGCAUGAUAGACUCAUGACUAAUGUAAAUCGCCAUAAACGCAAUUUGACAGACAACCCACGUUGUGCUUUAUGUGAGGAUGAAGAUGAAUCAAUGCUUCAUGUCCUUCGUGAUUGUAAAGCGGCUAAAGAAGUAUGGCGUCAAAUUGGUGGCCCAGCUCGUGCAGCUUCCUUUGGCACAGGAACCCUUCGUCAAUGGCUCAUUUGCAACAUUAAGAUUCAAGCUCGAAAUGAUCUUUCUCCGGAAACAUGGCCUAUAUUUUUUGCGAUUGUGAUUUGGUGGCUAUGGAGGUGGCGGAAUUGUGUUGCGUUUGGGACUACUCAAUCCAUUCCAAUUGAUGUUCACGCUUUCCUCAUGUCGAGGUUUGAGGAAGCUUGGAGAACGCUAGGUGACAGCGUAUUGGACUCAACCGAGGCAGAUAACACUAGGGUUGAGUCAUUUAUUAGGUGGAAGGCUCCACCUGAAGGCUGGAUGGCGUUAAAUUCGGAUGGGGCAGCCAAGGGAGCUCCUGGACCAGCAGGUGGGGGUGGAGUCAUCCGCAACAGUUUGGGGGUCCUCCAGUACGCGUACUCUCUCAAUUUUGGGUCAUGUAAUGCCUUUAUGGCAGAGGUAAAAGCUAUUGAAUUCGGGUUGGAUCUUGCAAAAAGAAUGAACAUCUCAAAGCUCCUAGUUCAAAUGGACAAUCAAGCUGCUGUAGCCGCUCUAACCAACCGGGAAAAUUAUGGGGGUGCAUGUACUCAUAUUAUCAACCAUUGCCGGAAGCUACUAGAUGACCCAACCUGGGAAGUGGAAGUUAAACAUUGCUAUCGUGAAGGGAAUAGAGUGGCUGAUUGGUUAGCCAAUCAAGGUGUAGUUCAGAACAACAAAAUCGAGUUGAUUCAAGUCCCCCCGCUUAUGCUAGGUCGCAUUCUUUUUGAGGAUAUUGUUGGUGUGGCUUAUCCACGCUUCAUUCCUCCCUAG